GCUGUUUCCUGUCUACAGUGUCUGUGUAAUGUAGAUAAAUGUGAGGAUUUUCUCUAAAUCCCUCUUCUGUUUGCUAAAUCUCACUGUCACUGCUAAAAUCAGAGCAGAUAGAGCCUGCGCAAUGGAAUAAAGUCCUCAAUAUUGAAAUGUGACAUUGCUCUCAACAUCUCACAUCUCUCUGGAUUUCUUUUUUCUCAUCAUUACUGCUAACAAAUUCAUUUCCAGACUUUGCACUUUUAAGAAGCAAUGGAAAAAAUCAACAGUCUUUCAACACAAUUAGUUAAGUGCUGCUUUUGUGAUUUCUUGAAGGUGAAGAUGCACACUGUGUCCUACAUUCAUUUCUUCUACCUUGGCCUGUGUCUGCUUACCUUAACCAGUUCUGCUGCUGCUGGCCCAGAAACACUCUGUGGUGCCGAGCUGGUUGAUGCUCUUCAGUUUGUGUGUGGAGACAGAGGCUUUUACUUCAGUAAGCCUACAGGGUAUGGAUCCAGCAGUAGACGCUUACACCACAAGGGAAUAGUGGAUGAAUGCUGCUUCCAGAGUUGUGACCUGAGGAGGCUGGAGAUGUAUUGUGCUCCAAUAAAGCCACCUAAAUCUGCACGCUCUGUACGUGCUCAGCGCCACACUGAUAUGCCAAAAGCACAAAAGGAAGUGCAUUUGAAGAACACAAGUAGAGGAAACACAGGAAACAGAAACUACAGAAUGUAAGAACAUGCCAUCCACAAGAACGAAGAAUGAAUGUGCCAUCUGCAGGAUACUUUGCUGUAAAUAAAUUAUUUGUUAAACAUUGGAAGACAUAAAAAAAAGCAAACCUAUGGCUUAAUAAGCUUGAUGCAAUCUCAACCAAUGGGCAUUCUCCCAGUGAACAAUGCAACUAAACAUUCCAAUAUAAGUCUUUAGAAAACAGAACAUUUUAAGCAGCCCAGAGCUAAAAAAUUCUGUGGUUGAUAUAUUACUGUUUGUUAACCUGUUUUAAAUGUCCUGCACAAAAUCUCUUAAAGUCCUGUGCCCCUCAAAAGCCUACAAAUUUAUGGGCCUUUGAUGGAUCCAAUUGCACUAAAUUAACCUAUGAA